UCCCGUCCUACGCUUGAGCGAGUGCUUGAAAACAUGCAGGCCACACUCGCGGCACUCACAGAGCGCAUAGAAACACUGGAAGAGCUCGCGCAUCGUUCAAACCCAUCACUAUCAGCUCCUGGGCGCGUCUCGCCCCGCUGGACAGUUUCAUCGUCCGCCGCACGUCCUAGGUAUGACCUGGACGACAUGGGCAUGUGGUCUGUCGUGAUGCGACCCAUGGCUCGUGUCAUUAACCUGUUGCGAUAUGUUCUCUCGUUCUUGGCACAUGGGAGCCAGAGCCGCUCACCUGCUGUUGUCGUCGUGAGACGAUUAUUCCUGGACAUCUCAUUUAUGCUUUGUAUGCUUGCUGUGACAAGAAUCGCAUGGAGGCGGAGCGGCAUGCGGAGGAGAGAGGUUAUGUUUGCACUGGGUGGCCUGUGGCGCGCGGUGGCAGGC